AUGGCAGGAAUGGACAAGAACCUCAACGAGCUCCUAAAAUGGAGCAUCGAAAACUCAGCGCCGGCCGACCCCUCGGCGCCCCAACCCGCGGGCCCUAAAACAUCGCUCAACGCGGAGGCGCUCGCCGCGAUCAUGGGCGCGCCGUCGGACGCGGAGCUGAUGCAGGCGUCGAUGGCGGCGAUCACGUCGACGGACCCAGAAGUAACGCUCGAGUCGAAGAUGACCGCCUUCGACAACCUGGAGCAGCUGGUCGAGUCGCUCGACAACGCGAACCUGCUCUCGAAGCUGGGGCUGUGGACGCCGCUGCUCGAGCUGCUGGGCCACGAGGAGGACCAGCUGCGGCUGAUGGCCGCCUGGUGCGUCGGCACGGCCGUCCAGAACAACGCGCCGAGCCAGGAACGCCUCGUCGCGCUCGGCGGCGUCGAGAAGUUGGUUGGCAUGGCCCUCGGCGAGCGCUUGCCCAUGGAGAAGCGCGCCGGCGACGGCGACGAGACGACCGGGGAGGCGGUCGCCGCUAACGGGGCCGCAGAAGAGACGAAGGAUGUGCGCCGCAAGGCCGUCUACGCGCUCAGCUCCGCCGUGCGGAAUUACCAGCCCGCGCUAGACGUCGCCGCGAAGGAGUUGCGGAAGAGAGGCGAGGACGUCCAGGAGGGACUGGACGCGACGGAUAUGGACGCUGUAAACGAAUUGAUGAACGGUUUGAAGAAUAAGGCUAUAAAUGCAUAG